AUGGGAGUAUCUCUUGAAGAGCAUAUAUUCAACUGGGAUGUUAACCCCCAGCUUCAGUCAACAUUCUUCAAUGCCCUACCUGCAGAACUAAGGCUCCAGAUAUACCGAAAUGCCCUUGCGUCCUUCUCCCUGACCGCCACUCCGUCAGAUGGCGCACUCACCAGGAAACCGCACAACUUUUGCCUUCGCUUUGAUCAUGAAGGCGACCCAGACGAUGACCUCCGUGGCAAGCCCGGCGAUGAACACGGAGCUGAGAUGCCCGACAUAGUCCCCGAGCUUGCAAACGCAGCCCCCGGCUGCACGCAACCAAACGAGCGCCCCGACUUCUACGAGGAGAAAUGCAUGUCGUUGAACAUGCUGCUCUGCUGCAGGAGACUGCUGAUGGAAGCACGGCCCAUCAUGUUCGAGGCCGAACGGAACUACCAGUUCAGCAGCGACCCGCGCUCGACCCUUUUAAAAUGCUCAGGGGGUCCCGGCCACCAAGGCUUCUUGGAUCGGAAUCCGGAGCUGCAGUGGGAGAAGAAGUUCCGCCGCGUGCGCUUCUUCGCGCCGAUAUCCAAAUACCACGCCGUCUUUUCGCACCACGCCAACCUCCUGACCCACGUCCAGCACCUCCGCAUCACCGUGCGCCGGACCGACUGGCGACUCGGCGUCGUCUCCGGCCAGCCCGAGACAACGGGCAUCCCGCCAGCGUCGUGUUUCGGGUGGCUUCAGGGCCCGCUUCAGAUAAACCCACUCGGGCCGCCUGCGGGACCUCUGACUGAUCGAUUCCGGGAAACGCGGCACGAAAAUCUCAACAUAGGGCACAUGGGGGCCAUGAUGAAGGCCACGGCGGAGUUCGGACGGACCCCACAGGACUCCGCGCUAGCCCACAGCGCCGCUGGCCGUCCGAGCUGGAUGCCGCCGCAGGUCCGCUACACGGCUGGGAUGUGGGGGCGCGAGUUCCUUAACAUGCCGUGCAUCAAGACCUUCACCAUGGACUUUGACACCACGCAGGACAAGCGCGACCAGCUCGCGGCCAUCGUGGAGUGGGCGGUCCGCACCUGGCGCUUCCCGCUGAACCCGGCCCACGGCGGCGGCCACCACUACCUGGCGGCGGAGGAGGCUUCGGUGACGAAGAGGUCGUGGCGCGGCACGGCUGGGGAUUGGGACUGGCUCGGCCCCUGCGCGACGUGCCGUCCUCGGGUGGAGGGCACGGCUGGUGAGGAAACGGCGAGGGAGGUCUCGGAGCUGUGCUUGAUUCCUGUACAUGCAAACAUCGUGUCAAAGUUUCGUAGGGGGUUGGGACCGAGGAUGUAUUCGUGGUCGGUGACUUGGACACCGAGAAAGUAUGAGGGUUCGGAGAAGUUUCCUUAUGAGGAUUUAGAAUGCUUGGAAGUGCUACCAGGAGACUUAAAAUAA